AUGGACAGGACCAACGUCAGCACCCAGAGCCACUUCAUCCUCCUGGGUUUCUCUGACUGCCCCCACCUGGAGAGGGUCCUCUUUGUGGUCAUCCUGAUAGCCUACCUGCUGACCCUGGUGGGCAACAGCACCAUCAUCCUGGUGUCUCGGCUGGACUCCCAGCUCCACACGCCCAUGUACUUCUUCCUCACCCACCUGUCCUUCCUGGACCUCAGCUUCACCACCAGCUCCAUCCCCCAGCUGCUCCACAACCUGAGUGGCUGUGACAAGACCAUCAGCUAUGUGGGCUGCGUGGUCCAGCUCUUCCUGUUCCUGGGCCUGGGUGGAGUGGAGUGUCUGUUGCUGGCCGUCAUGGCCUAUGACAGGUUUGUGGCCGUCUGCAAGCCCCUGCACUACAUGACUAUUAUGCAUCCACAACUCUGCCUGGGCUUGGUGUCGGUGGCCUGGGGCUGUGGGAUGGCCAAUUCUUUGAUCAUGUCACCAAUGACGUUGUGGCUACCUCGAUGUGGGCACAACAAGGUGGACCACUUCCUGUGUGAGAUGCCCGCGCUGAUCCGGUUGGCCUGCAUCAGCACUGCUGCUGUGGAGGGCAUCGCCUUCAUCCUGGCCGUGGGCAUCGUGCUGUCUCCCCUGGUCUUCAUCUUGGUCUCCUAUGGCCACAUCGUCAGGGCUGUGUUCAGAAUCCAGUCGUCCUCAGGAAGACACAGAAUCUUCAACACCUGUGGCUCCCACCUCACCGUGGUCUCCCUGUUCUACGGGAACAUCAUCUACAUGUACAUGCAGCCAGGACACAGCUCCUCCCAGGACCAGGGCAAGUUCCUCACCCUCUUCUACAACAUCGUCACCCCCCUCCUGAACCCCCUGAUCUACACCCUCAGAAACAAGGAGGUGAAGGGGGCACUGAGAAGGCUGCUGCUGGGAAAUAUAAGUUUAGGAAAGAAUUUAUAACCAAAGGCACUUGGCUGAACAUCUUUCAGGGCUGGGUCUGAACAUCCAAUCACACUCCUGCUCUGGGAGGGACAGUGACAAUGGAUCCGGAGGAGAAAAUGGCCACGCAGCCUACAUGCUGUCAAUAGAAUAAAACACCGCCUUGGAGACAGCUGGAGGAGGGAGGUCUCAGGCAGGGUGUCCAGGGACAGUUCUGAAGCCACGUUCUGGCUGCAUCUGCGUGAUGAACAGGAAGACCCAGGAGGUGACUCCAGCACCAGGGCCUAGUUUGCAUUUCCUCAGGCUGAAGUGAGCCUGUCAUGCCCCCAGACAGGAAAGCAGCAGUGCCACCCGAGAGGGAGCAGAGUGCAGGGCUGAGCACCCAUAGCAGAGUGGAAGAGCAGGACUUGGAGCACAACACAGGGUGUCUUGGAGGAAGUUCAGUAACAUGCACCUGGUCUUACCAGGUGCGCCAUCUGCUGGGAGGGCAUCCUGGCUGCAGGUGAGCAAGCUGAUGUCAGUCAGAGGCAGAAGGAUGGCUUGUGCCGAGGCAUCAGUGCCAGGAAGCUCUGGGAGCCUCCCUGUGCUUUAGAGGUCCAGCCACAGGGACUGGAGUGGAACUUGUGGAAGGAGUGAAAACAGAGCAGGAGCAACCCCUGUGUUUUUAGCCUCACAAUUAGACCAUUUCUGGACACUUCCCAGAUGGGAACAGCUGGAGGAGAAGCAGACGUGAAUGGGAGGUAGACUGUUCUCUUAGGACAGAUUAUAUCUGAGAUAAGUUAUAAACAGCGGCCUGAGGAAGCAGAAGAGAUGGCAAGACAUGGCAGGAGCCCUGUUAAGAAGGGCAGGCUGGAGGGAAAGCAGGAACUCCCCAGCAUAUACUCGUGACUGAAAGGCAUCAGAUUGUAUCCUUCUAUCUGGGCAGAAAUAGGUAAGAGAAGUGAAUUAAAAUGAAGACUAAAGAAAGACAAAGUAAGGGACUGGGACUAAGCCCUAAAAUGAAUGCACGUUUAUAAUCCAGGCAGAGGGACCGGGGAAGGCAGCAUGGUCACUCAUCUGGGGACUCUGCCAGGCCUCCCGCCCUGUGCCAGCAUGUUCCCCCAUCAUGCCCUUCGUUCAGCGUGGUCACGUGAGCGGCUUUCCAUAGCAGCACGUGGCAGAUGUCAUGUGGUGUCAGGCCUGGACCAGCUCCUUGAGGCUGGUGGCUACUGACUUUGUUCUCUUGGGGUCCAGCUGCGAGGCAAAGGAGCUCAGGCCAGACUGCUGAAUGACGAAAGGCCAAGGAGAGGAGGGUGCUCCACACCUGCCACUGCAGCCUGCAGCCUGAAGAGGUCCUCUUAUCUGAAGCCAGCGCUCAGAGCAUGCAUGCUAGCAAGUCUCCUUAACAGGCUGCACACUGAAUAGGGACGAAUACAACUGUAAAAAAUUGAAGACUCGUGA